AUGGCAGCGGCCUUGCUGAGCUGCAGCAUCUGUCCAGGCCAACCCUCCUUCAGCGACACCUCCCACUUGCUCACUCACGUCAGUUCCAAAGGUCACCUAUCUGAGUUUCACAAACUCCAGGUACGGAGCUACCAGGACAUCGCAGCCGGGGUGGAAUUGGCCACGUAUGGUCACUGGUACCAACAACAUGAUAUUGACAGACUGCUCUCGGAGAGAAUGCAAAUGAAAGAGAACAAACAGGCUAAGAAAAGAAGAGCUUCCGCAGCGGUACGAAACGCUGGCGUACCGCAACCAGGCACAUUUGACCAUGCACAGUUAAAUCCACCUUUGCCCCCAAAGCGCCCAGGUAGACCAAAGGCCCAGACCCAGACCCAGACUCAAAUGCAGAGGAAACGCAGUCGAGGCAAAAAGGCAAGACGAGAUGACAAUGACAGUGACCCGGACUUCACUCCUGUCAAACCUCCUAGACACAGAGCACAUCGACUUCAAGGAUACUCUCCCGUCAAGCAUUCCCCUUUCUCUGACGACGUUUACCCUUCUCUCGAUGAUUGCCCGGCUGAGGAUGAACCCUCAGGUCCGAUUCUCGCCACUCCAGAACAUAUGAAACUGAAAGGGACCGUUUGGCCAGGCAUGGACCUCUUUGAUGCUGCCUCGCAGGAAAUGCAACAGAAGAGAAAUCAGAAGAAGGAUGCUUCCGUUCUGAGACGCAUGGAGAAACUCGCUGCCUUGGUCGAGCCUACCGAGGUAGUGUAUUCACCUGGCGGCAGCAAUGUCCUGAAGGCGAGACACAUUGACGACCUUGAAGAUGGAAGCAGUCUAGUCGAUGGGGAGACUCCCAUUCCAAAAGUCAAGCAAGCCCCUCGAUCUCGCAAGAGGAAGCCACUUGCAGAGAGAGACGCUAAUGCUCCUCGACUUGUGAAACGCAAGGCCAAAGCCAAUGCCCCAAAGAGAUAUGCUGAUCUUCCAUUCGCCCAAGGGCUACCUCCCCUUCCAUACUUGCCCAGUUCAUCCACCGGCGACUCGUAUGGAUUGGGUCCUCGCUAUUUCCCGGCCGAAGAUGAUGAGGAUGACGUCAAGCCACCUAUUCAAGCUUUCGCUCCUCGCAAACGGCCUCCUCCAUUUGAGAUCUUCGCCGACGGAAGCCCCGGCUACCACGGAAACAUGACGCGGGGCGGAACGCGGAACCCUCUCCAGUCUGGAAGUCGAGGGUAUGGUAACGGCUCGUUCCAGCAACUACCCAAGGUUUCCACACCCUGGCUUCAACCACAGUAUCAAUCGGUCUUACAAUAUACCGACUCUUAUACGUCCUACCGACCAGUGGCUCAAGAGUAUCAGGCAUACUACGAAACACAUGUUGAAAACGAGAAUAUCCCACCAUUGGUAGGGCCUCCAAUAGCCUUCCGAGGUGCAGGCGCAAACCCUUUGGCAUGGAAGUCCCCUAUUCGACCACCUACCGAUCCUGGACUUCCUCCAUCCGACUCUCCUUUUGGCAGUUUUUUUGGCAUGUUUGCCAGUGGAUCGCCAGGUGAUGACCCCUUUGUGACGACCAAAAAUCCUCUGGCCGGAGCAUUGCAACACUUGGAAGGUGUGCAAUAUCAGGUCCCGGUCAAGGAGAAGUCAUCGCCACCAGCAGACAGACGAACUUCAAAUGGCACCGAAGUCUAG